GGGUUUGUGUAAAGUUUUGACCAUAGACUGUAAAAUAGGUUUUGGCUCCUUAACCGCUUCGAUGAGUCAAAUCGUAUUUAUUUCAAAGCAAACUCGUCGAUUUCAUUCGCUUUUACGACAUGCUUGGAUGUAAUUGAUUUGUGUUUUUGACUCGGUUGGAUGUAAGCGACGAAACCGAGAGAAGGAUCCGCGGGGAGUCGAAGGAGUUUAAGUAUGACUGGAGUUUGGCCCGUAACGUCCGUUAACAUAGCAAAGUUUGUACGUUACUGAAGUCAGUGUUACGCACUUUGAGAGAGCUCCGGAAGAGUAUCCUGGACAAAACGCACAACACACACAAACACACACUUUCCAGACCCACUGCUGUGGUUAAUAUUAGCUGAGAGAAACUCCUCUGUAGCGCACUGGAUUCCACCACCAGAAAACCACUUUGGAAGUGCAAAAACUUUCGAUAUUUUUAUUUUUUUUUCUCUCUGGGACUUACAACUUUUUUCUGAUGGAUUACUUUCUGGACUUGGCUCGGAUCAGCUCUUCAUAAUGCUCUUCAAUGGCUGCGAGCAGUGCAGUGGUUAGCAUGCAGAAUGAGAACCGAACGUUUGUCCACUACAGGAUGGAGGCAUCCUGUUUGGACCUGGCUCUGGAGGGGGAGCGUCUGUGUAAGGUGGGAGAUUACAGCGCAGGUGUUUCAUACUUCGAGGCUGCCAUACAGGUUGGCACAGAAGACCUCCAGGUUCUAAGUGCCGUCUACAGUCAGCUGGGUAAUGCCUACUUCCAUCUGCACGACUACAGCAAAGCUCUGGAGUUCCACCACCAUGAUCUUACACUCACUAGGACCACUGGGGAUCGGCUUGGUGAGGCCAAAGCCAGCGGAAACCUGGGGAACACAUUAAAGGUUUUGGGACGCUUUGAUGAAGCGAUUGUCUGCUGCCAGAGACAUUUAGAUAUUGCCAGGGAACUGGGCGACAAGGUUGGGCAGGCCAGAGCACUUUACAAUUUUGGAAACGUGUACCACGCCAAGGGGAAGAGUGUCUGCUGGAGUGGAGCAGAACCUGGAGACUUUCCUGAGGAGGUCAUGACAGCACUUAGAAGAGCCGCUGAGUAUUAUGAGGCGAACUUGUGUAUCGUGAAGGAGCUUGGAGACAGAGCUGCACAGGGGAGGACUUAUGGAAAUCUGGGGAAUACCUACUACCUGCUAGGAAGCUUCAGGGAAGCCGUUGCCUCUCAUGAACAGCGUCUGCUCAUCGCUAAAGAGUUCGGUGACCGGUCUGCAGAGAGAAGAGCCUACUGCAACCUGGGAAAUGCCUGCAUAUUUCUUGGGGAGUUUGAAAGGGCUGCAGAACAUUACAGGAGAGCUCUACAGAUAGCACGGCAGCUGAAGGAUUUGGCGGUGGAGGCUCAGGCCUGCUACAGUCUGGGUAACACAUACACACUAAUGCAGGACUUCGAGAGAGCCAUAGACUACCACCUCAAACAUCUCAUCAUCGCUCAGGACCUCAACGACAGAAUCGGUGAAGGAAGGGCCUGCUGGAGUUUAGGGAAUGCACAUUCAGCAUUAGGGAAUCAUGACCAAGCCAUGCACUUUGCAGAGAAACACUUGGAAAUCUCAAAAGAGACUGGAGAUCGCAGCGGUGAGUUGACUGCUCGCAUGAACGUCUCAGAUCUUCAGAUGGUGCUCGGCAUCAGUUACAGCACAAACAAUUCAGUUCUGUCGGAGAAUAAAGAGAUCGACUACAACCUGCACGGAGCCAGACCCAGGAUGAGCCGACGACACAGUAUGGAAAACCUUGAGCUGCUGAAACUCACUCCUGACAAGAUCAACGCCAAUGGUCAGAAGUGGACCAGUGACAUCCUCUUCAAGCAGUCCAAAUCCUCGCUGGCCAAGUCAUCCUCAAAGCUGUCUUUCGUGAAUCGUUUCCGAGGAAAGAAGCACAAACUGCAGAGCAGCUCCAGUAAAAUCCUGCAGGAUACCAGCAACACACGGGAAGCUCCUCAAAGCAAACAUGGAAGUACAGACAUGUUAGGAGACGAGGGCUUCUUUGACUUGCUUAGUAGAUUUCAGAGCAACCGGAUGGAUGAUCAGCGCUGUGCCAUACAGGAUAGCAAGAGCCACCUCUCUGUCAACUUUAUCAGCACUUCUCCACCCACCACCCCACCCAGAACCAUCAGGAAAUCAUUCUCCGAGUCGGCUGCAAGCCCAGGUCAGGAGCCGUUUCUCAGACUGCUGGCGAGUGCUCAGAGCAGGAGGCUGGAUGAGCAGAGGGCAGGAACAGGGAACAGUCUGCCCGGCCUGCGCACCCUGACUGAACACAGCAGCACCAGCGACCGACAGAUGAUCCUCAGCCAGGUCAUGGCCAGCACAGACGCCACCGAACCCGACGACCAGUUCUUUGACAUGCUCGUCAAGUGUCAGGGGUCCCGUCUUGAUGAUCAGAGGUGUGCCCCUCCUCCGCCCUCCACCCGUGGCCCCACCGUCCCAGAUGAAGACUUCUUCAGCCUCAUCAUGCGCUCACAGGCUAAGAGGAUGGAUGAGCAGAGAGUCACGCUUCCCUCCUGCCGCUGAUCAAGCAUGCACUUAUUCUUCUGAGCUCCGUAUCAAGAAAUUAGCUCUUUUUGAUGCACAUUACAGACCUCACUCUGGUAAAACAGUGAAGAUCAGGUAACAUGCGCUUAGUCUGAACUGUCCUGUCUGCUACAUGGUUAUGAGUGGCGUUUUAUGUACACUAUUACUAAUCAACUCUGGGAGGGGGAGAGGUUUUUAUGUAAAUAACACUUUUAAUUUUGUAUUGGAUUUAAGCUCUUUGUACAUUUGUAAUGAUUUUAAAGAAUGUUUUAGCUCUGCAUGAAUUGCUUUGAUUAUAAUUACUGCAAUUUACACUAAUGUAUCUUUUGAUACGAAACUGCAGGUUUGUUUGUAUUUAUUUAAACGUUUUCACUGUUGGUAGUUGCCUUCCAGUUAAUAUUAGAUGUGUAGUUGUGACAAAUAACUUUUGUAUUUUGUUUUUGUAUUAUCACGUUUAGUUUAUAAAAGAAGUGGUUAAACUUAAAAUGUCCAUUAGGAAGAUUCACUACAACUAUAUAGAAAUAAAACCUGUACAGAAACAUUUCGCAUUUAGUUUUUCAAUUGAUUUAUUAGACAAGAGGUAAACAGAAUGUUCUUCACAGGCAAGCAGAUCAUUUAAAUGUUUCUUAUUUCCAAAAAUUAGUCAUGGAAUAUCAAUAUGUUCAUUCCAGACACUGAAAGUCAAGGACUUCUUUUGGGGGCCAAUUUAUGGGAUAUCAGGGACUUUUUUUUUGUUGCUUUAAAUAUUUGUUUCCAUUUAUCAAUAUGUAAUUUUUUUCUAUACCAUACCAUUUUUUUCAUGUUGUUUAAUCACACUUUUGCCUAUUGUUGUGUUUAGGCAAUUUUCAGCAUCAUUUUCUCCCUUUGUCAAUAGCUAUGUUUACUUCUAAAAAUGCGAAUUAACUUAAUGCACAAAACUGGAAUAUCACAUAAAAGACGUGUGAAUAAAGCAGCGUUUCCAUCCAACAAGUCAAAGAGAACAAAAUCGUCACUUCCUGAUUAACUGGCACCAAAUAUCAACAGUAAAAACUGUGUGAAUCUUCUCCUUAUUUAAUAAAUGACUUGCGCCUCAGAAUACGAUGUCAACACACAAUGAACGUGUGGUGGUGUUUAAAGGUGUUAGACGCGAAGCACAAUCUUGACAAUUCUGGAGGUAAUUAAUAAUAUAAUAACACUAAAAUGGUUAAGGCGUUUUAGAAUGACCAAAACAGCAUUUUAGAUGUUUUACAAUGUGCUCUGCCUGCUGGUUUGUCCAUUCACACACAUUUUUAUCAUCACAUGAUCUCUUAUAACAAAAUCACAUGACCUUUUUUGAUGCGCAUACUGGAAUUUGUUCGGUAAACGUGUUUCCAUUGUAGUUUAUGCGCAUCUUUUCUUAUUGAAUAAAAAGUUUAUCCUACUCA